GCCUGGUGGGGCGGCAGGGCCCGGGGGUCCCUGGGAGGGGAAGUCUCUGAGGGGGCUGCGGGCUUCUGAGGGGCUUUUAGGGGGAGUUUUCGGCUUGGGGGCGUCCCCUGGGGGUGCUGCCCCUUGCGGGGAGCAGUGCAGGCCGGGGGUGCAGCCCCUUGGAGGGGCUCAGGGGUUUGGGGGUCCCCUCAGGGUGAGGCCCCCGCCCCGGGGGUGUCUGUGUGUCCUGGGGCGUCUGUGUGUCCUGGGGUGUCUGUGUGUCCCGGGGUGUCUGUGAGUCCCGGGGUGUCUGUGGGUCCCGGGGUGUCUGUGUGUCCUGGGGUGUCUGUGGGUCCCGGGGUGUCUGUGGGUCCCGGGGUGUCUGUGAGUCCCGGGGUGUCUGUGUGUCCCGGGGUGUCUGUGUGUCCUGGGGUAUCUGUGGGUCCUGGGGCGUCACUCUCCCCAGUGGGGGGGCUGCAGGUUGGGGGUGUCUGUGGCCUUGGGGCUGAGUCCCUGCGCUGACUCUUGGGGGUCCCCGGUUCGUCCCCCAGCAGCGGGGGGGCAGCCGCAGCCAUGGCCUGGGCGCUGAAGCUGCCGCUGGCCGACGAGGUGAUCGAGUCGGGGCUGGUGCAGGACUUCGACGCCAGCCUGUCGGGCAUCGGGCAGGAGCUGGGCGCCGGCGCCUACAGCAUGAGCGAUGUCCUCGCCCUGCCCAUCUUCAAGCAGGAGGAGUCGAGUUUGCCCCCCGAGAACGAGAACAAGAUCCUGCCUUUCCAGUACGUGCUGUGCGCCGCCACCUCGCCGGCCAUCAAGCUGCACGACGAGACGCUCACCUAUCUCAACCAAGGACAGUCCUACGAAAUCCGCAUGCUGGACAACAGGAAGAUCGGCGAAUUGCCGGAGAUCAACGGGAAGCUGGUCAAGAGCAUAUUCCGCGUGGUGUUUCACGACCGGCGGCUGCAGUACACGGAGCACCAGCAGCUGGAGGGCUGGCGCUGGAACCGGCCCGGGGACAGGAUCCUGGACAUCGAUAUCCCCAUGUCCGUGGGCAUCAUCGACCCGCGAGCAAACCCAACGCAGCUCAACACGGUGGAGUUUCUGUGGGACCCUUCCAAGAGAACGUCCGUCUUUAUCCAGGUGCACUGCAUCAGCACCGAGUUCACCAUGCGCAAGCACGGCGGCGAGAAGGGGGUGCCGUUCCGCGUGCAGAUCGACACCUUCAAGGAGAACGAGAACGGGGAGUACACGGAGCACCUGCACUCCGCCAGCUGCCAGAUCAAGGUCUUCAAGCCCAAAGGAGCUGAUCGGAAGCAGAAGACGGACAGGGAGAAGAUGGAGAAGCGAACGCCUCAUGAGAAAGAGAAAUACCAGCCUUCCUACGAAACAACUAUACUCACAGAGUGCUCGCCCUGGCCCGAGAUCACGUACGUGAACAGCACGCCGUCCCCCGGCUUCAACAGCUCCCACAGCAGCUUCUCCAUUGGCGAAGGCAAUGGGUCCCCAAACCACCAGCCCGAGCCCCCCCCUCCGAUCGCAGAUGUAAGUCACACCCCCGAGCUAAUGCUGGUGAACCUCCUGCCCACCAGCACGCCCCAGGAGGCCCAGCAGUGGCUGCACCGCAACCGCUUCUCCACCUUUUCUCGGCUUUUCCGGAACUUCUCCGGCGCGGAUUUGCUGAAGCUGACCAGAGAAGACGUGAUCCAGAUCUGCGGCCCCGCCGACGGCAUCCGGCUCUUCAACGCGCUCAAGGGCCGGAUGGUGCGGCCCAGACUCACCAUCUACGUGUGCCAGGAGUCCCAGCAGCUGCGGGACCUGCAGCAGAAACACGAGGACGGGGACGCGGUCACCAGCACGUUUUUUGUGUACCACGCGAUUUACCUGGAGGAGCUGACGGCGCUGGAGCUGACGGAGAAGCUGGCGCAGCUCUUCAGCAUCUCCUCCCAGCAGAUCAGCCAGAUCUACAAGCAGGGACCCACCGGGAUCCACGUGCUCAUCAGCGACGAGAUGAUCCAGAACUUCCAGGACGAGUCCUGUUUCGUUCUGGACACCAUGAAAGCCGAAACCGGUGACAGUUACCACAUCAUCCUGAAAUAGGACGGGACGGGACGGGAGCGGCCGCCAGCCUCUCGUGCACAAACACCCUUCGCUUCCCGCGCCGGGACGCGAGCGGAGACCCCGAGCCCCUGGGGACCCCCUGGAAAGACCCCGAGCCCUCGGUGACUCGUCUCGUUUUCUCAGGGGGGAUCCCCCUGCUCCCACGGCGCCUGAACGACCCUCCGCUCCGCGGUAACGAGCUGCUUCCUUGCCGCAUCUCCGAGGCUCAAGUUACCGGCUCGCGCUCUGGGUCGGAAUUUUGGACCUCAAACCUGCGCGAGGGAUUUUUCUGCGGCAAAGGCCGCGCUUUGGCGAGCGGCUCCGGGCACGCUCACAAAACACGAGAAAACGUGAAUUGAACGGCCCCGGCGCGGGGGGCUGAGCGCAUCAAGGCUGAGCGGGGCUUGAGCGCACCCGAGCCGCGCGGCGAGGCGGUUUCCCAAGGACGUCGUGGUUUUGUUGGGCGCUACAGCGCGGCGCUGGGAGGAAGACGGACGGUGGCUUCGCUUUUCUCCUCCGCACCCCAAAACCGGCGUGUUGGCGGCGGCGCCAGCGCGAGGUCGCCGGGGCUUUAAACCCAGACUAACUGUAAAGCUGGAGCGAAACGUGGAGCGGAGCCGGAUACGGAAACAGCUCCCCGCCUUGGUCCGUGGGACUCUUCUGCAUGUUUUAGGGGAGAAAAUGCGUAGUUUAAUCCCGGUGUUACGGCCGGUGCCCGAGGGGCGCGAUGGACGCGGACGGCAGCGCCGCGGGCGCAGUAAAAUGUUUGUCUGGGUG